CGUCAAUUCUGCGACGGCGAGUGGGGUGACACUGCCAUCCGGCUUUAUUGCAAAGGGCGGGCGGUAUCGCGUUUGCACGUGCAGCUUGCGAGCACACAGUCGCAGAGUGGGCAAAGCAGGUAAGGCAGUGAAUCCCUUCACGUACGACGCGCAGCUGUACGAUUACCGCCGGAUGUGGAACAACAUGCGGCCGCAAUUCGACACGAACGCGAUAGUGCCGUCUCCUCCCGUGCAAGCCUACUACCGUGCCAGCACGGCCAAGGAGCUAACAGUGCAACGACGGGCCUCCGCUGCAGGCCGCAUGGUCUUCCGCAGUACAGACACCCUUGACCCAGCCCGCGACUUGCCGCCGGCCAUUCUCCCGCAGGACCAACAAGUCCCCAGGAAGUCUCCAUCGUUCUACUCCUACACCGACGAUGUGGCGAGAACAGCGGCCUCGGAGACGGCGGACGCAAGGCCAGUCGGCAUGGAGAACUCGGGGUUAGCAUUACGUGCCUCUCAGUUUUCGCGGCAACAAGGCAGCGGCUACACCGGUGCUAUCCAUCGACAGCCCACACAAUUUGCGCAACGUGAUUGGUGGAGUUCGCACGUGACCGAAUACUACUCGGACUACACCCCAAAUUACGUGUUUCCGGAGACCACAUUCUUUUCCCCUGCAAACCGGCAGAGUGUUCUCGACAGUGUGCGCUCGAACAGCGGGGCUGUGAUCCCACCCGCGGAAAUUUCUGCAAGCACAGUGCCGGACUUACCGCAAUCCACUAUCCCCUCUGGGCAAUUGUUUUCCUCUCCUGCGGAUGCAUUAGCCAAUGUGCCUCCGACUGCGCAAGAACUAGAGCUAGACAUGCUUCACAGAGACCCUGCAGUAGUAUCGAGCUACGCUGGUGUUAGAACCGUGGCGUAUCCAGCCACUCCAUCGCACAGAGCCGAGGGCGGUCCAAGCUCAGCAAAGCCACCUCCGCUGGGCUACAUUGAAUCGCUACACGGAAACGGCGGGGUUUCGGCUUCACCUUACGUUGCUCCACAGACCUUUUACAAUAAAAGGGUCAGAAGAAGACGACUGCAGGACAGGGAUGUUGAAGGCCACGAUGUAACAGUGACAAGCAGUAGUGCGCGUCGGCUAUCGUACCACAGUUCAGCCAGCGGAACAUCUGCCCACAGCCACACCCCAGCGUCACCAACAAUGACACCGCCCACAACUGCCACGCCGAUGACAGCAGCAUCAGCAAGCGGAUUUACCUCUGCCACAGCUAGCAGCACAACUGGUUCGACGACAACCAGCUACAACAGCGGAACAACCCCGACCAUGUCGAAUCAAGGUAGCGGUGUAGGAGGGACAACACAAAUGUCUACCACAAUGUCAGGAACAACAGCGACAAUGAACUCCGGCUCUGGCCGAGUGGUUCCUCUUUAUGUGGAACAGUACAAUCCUGUAUAUCCAGAGCAGUACUUUGCCAGCCUUGAGCCAGCUCCAGCACCGUUGCUCGAGGCAGACUUUGAGGUGUGCGGAUCGCAUCUAGAUUUCGCAUCCGAAGUUGGACAGGUUGACAUUGCGGGAGUUACAGAUCCGGAGACCACCCACACAUGCGCACUCGGUAAGACAGAGCUGCGGCCGGUGAAGCCAGGUCUGGAUCUAUCCAUGGAGUUUCGAUGAAUGUGCACUCACGUCUUCGUUGGGAAACAGAUGGCAGAAUCACGAGUGAUUGGAUUCACGACACUCAACAUCCUCACACGGUUUCCUUCAACAAGACCACCGAAGUCCAUGCUUAAUACUGUAAAAGAGAUCCUCCGAGAACACGAUGUAUUUUCGACAUGUCGCUCACAUCAUCGUCAACAGUUGAUGCUGGAAGUAAAUAUACCAUUCAUCAUCAUAGAAGACAUCACUGUUUCUCCUGGCUGUUACAUGUUCAGAGAUUAUCGACUUGUUGCAGCUGCCUCUGAAUGGAUGCUUUCGACAAUUAAAUCAAUGGUUGCAGCUUUCCUCCACUUCACUGAGUGUGACGUUCGCCGCUGCUUCCUUGUAGUUUGUAAAUGAUUGACGCUAACAAGCGCUCUACAAGAACGUCAACGUCGAUGCAUGUUUGCAUACUAACUUGUUUACCUCACUUUUCUCACACGGAAAAAAAUAACAUGCGAAUACUCACGCUUUGUCGUGUUCGUAAAUGACGAGCUCUACGCGAGAUGAUAUUUCGCAUAGGAGGACGGGAAAACUAUACCGCCUUCUAGCUCUACUUGGAUAAGAAGAUUAUAUUCAACUUCAGGAAAAGUUGCAUGUCUGUCUGUGUACUAUGCGCGUUUCUCUUCACUAGUGACUAAGUAGUUAAAACUCUUAUGAUAGACGGUCGUGUAGUUGUCUGUGUCUAAGGUCAAGUAAGAUCAGAUCUU